AUGAAGAGAAAAAUAAAGACAGAGGAGUGAAGUUGAAGUCUCUCUCCCUCUCUCCACCUACUUUUAAGAUGAGACAAUAAUCUCUUACUUUUUUCUCCUUGUCUUAGUUUCAACUCCUUUCUCUUUAAUUUCUCCAUCUUUUCUCCUUCACAAUACAAUCGCACACCACCCUCAUCAAUGGAGUUCGACCUCCAAAACCCUCUAUCUCAAGACCUUCAACAAUCUAUUUUUGAAAUGGAAUCGGAUCACCUUCCAUUGUUGAAUUCAGAUCUUGACUCCGAUCAUCAUCUCCGGCGACAAAUCAUCAACCUUAUCUCGAUUUUCUCUGAGAAACUCAAUCAUCCAUUUGUCUCCUACCUUGCCAUUAAUUACUUCCAUCGUUUCCAUGCUGUCCACUCCAUUCCGGGAGACAAGCCAUGGAUCUUGAAGCUUGUUGCAGUUUCUUGUGUUUCAUUAGCAUUUAAGAUGAUAGGAGGAGAUUCUGGAGUUCAGAAAGAUGGCGCAUUGAUGUUUGAUAUUGGGAUAGUAGAGAGGAUGGAGUUUAUGAUACUCGGAGCUCUUCAAUGGCGAAUGCGUUCGAUUACUCCUUUUGCUUUCAUCAAAUUCUUCGUCUCUUUCUUCAAACUCCGAAUGACGUCGUUCGAUGAUGAUGAUAAUGCUAAUGAUGAUGAUCAGUAUCAUCAUAAUCAUCAUCAUCAAGCCCUUAAAGAUCGAGCCACUGAAAUCAUCUUCAAAGCUCAGAUUGACUUAAAGCUUUUGGGUUUCAAGCCAUCGCUCAUCGCAGCAUCUGCUCUUCUAUGUGCUUCUCAUGAACUCUACCCAUUCCAAUUCCCAUACUUCAAGAACUCAAUUUCAAGCUGUUCAUAUGUAAAUAAGGAUGAACUGUUAAAGUGCUACACUGUAGUUCAAGAACUUGUGAUGGAUGGUUAUGAAUCAAUGCUAAGCUGCAAAACCCCCAUUAAUGUUCUUGAUUUGGACUACUCAAGCUCAGAGGAUACGCACAGUAAAACUGAUGAAGAUGAAAAGAGAGGAUUAAAGAGGCUGAAGAUGAGCACUUUUGGCAAAACCCCUUUUCAGCUUUCUUAGAUUAUCCGAUUUGUAGAGAGAGAAAGACUAUAUUUGAGAGGGGGGGGGAGGAAUUGAUAUGCUGUUGGUUUCUUGGAGAGUGACACAAAGCCAUGCUUUGGCUUAGCUGUGUGCAUAGAAAAAAGUAAAAAAUGAUGGGGAAUUGGAGGGAAGCAAAGGAGAAAGAUCUUGUGCCAUUAAAGAAAAGGAAAAAAGAAAAAUUAAAAUAAAGGAAGAGAGAGAGAG